AUGCCUCAGCUGCUGAGACAUGUCCUGUGUGUGAUUGAGACAUUCCACAAGUAUGCCAGUGAGAACGGUGACUCUCUGACCUGCAGAGAGCUGAAACAACUCUUCCAGCGAGAGUUUGGGGACUUUCUUCAGCCACAUGUCAUUCAUGCUGUAGAGAAAAAUUUGAAUCUUCUGGAUAUUGACAAUUAUGACACCAUAAGUUUUGAUGAAUUCAUUCUUGGAAUCUUCAACUUGUUGAAUGUAUGCUAUCUUGACAUACAAUCAUUACUAAAUUCAGAACCAAGACCAGAGGAGAAGUCAAAUGAUGUGGAUCUUCAGGGGACCCCUAGAAAUGGUCAGCAGACAGCAAGAACUCUACCAACUCAAGAAAAUGUGAUAUUUCCUUCAAGAAUAGCAUUAUCAACUCCGGUCAGAUCCGAAGAAAGUGAAAUAGUUAGAUACAAUAGGGUGGAUCCAUGGGGAGACAACAAUACUCACAACCAGCCAGAAGCACCUAUGUACAAUAACCCUAAGAACCAACACCUAGAAGGAAACAAACAGAGCCAGGGAGUGGUCCAAGAUAUACCAGCAACAGAAGAUAAUGGGGACCAAUUUAAGACAAACAAGCCAGUGACAGGAUCAGACAAGACUAGCAGUCUCACAAAGGGAGAGGGACAGGAUAAGGUGACCCUGAGGGAAAAAGAUAAAUCAGCCAAGGAGCGAAGUGGCACCAAGACAAGAGACUGGUUUAGAGAACAGGAACAGAUCUUGGGAACCCAAAGUUCUCCACCAGAAGAAAUAACACAGAGACCAUCUGAAGAUCAGGAAGUUGCCAUAGAAAAGGGUAUUAAGAAACAUUCUAAAAGAAAAGAACCACCUCUGCAAAAAGAUGAGCCCAUUUCAGAACAUGCUGACCUGCCAGAACAAGCUGCUGCCAGUAAACCAUCUCAGACACAGAAAUCAAAUGACUCUGAGGAUGAUAGUAGAACACCUCAUACUCAAGAACCAGGAAAGGAGGCUGACAGAACACUACAUGAGACAACAAAUGUCCAUGAGCCUGAGGAUUAUGGUAGAAUAUCUGAGACCCAAGAACCACCUGCACAAGAUGGUGAAACAAAAUCCCCAUCAGUCCAAGGUGGUAGCAGAAAUGUUUCAGAAACACCUGGUCUUGACACUAAAAGAGAAGAGGUGAGAGAUCCUGAAACCCAUAAAACAGCAGGACAGCGUGAGAGAAAAACUCAAUCAUCAGCCCUGAAAGCCCAAACACAGAGUGAAAAGUAUGAGAAACUUCAGGACUCAUCAAAAGAAAAAGAAGCUGUAAAAGGUUCUGAGACACAAGAGCUAAACUCAGAGGGAGGAAAUCAAAAUCACCCUGAAAUUGAAGGGAUAGCAGUCCCAGGAGAGGAGGCAAAAUUCUCUGAAGAAGAUACAGCAGAAGCAUUUGCAAACAAUAAAAAUGGCCCUGCAGCAGAAGGAACACCAGGAACAGGAGAGAGAACACAAAAGUUAACACCUCUUGAGAACCAGUCUAAAGGAAAAAAUGGGGUCACCAAGACUCAUAAUAAGCCAAUCAAAGAGGAUAGUGGUUACCAGGGGAAGGAUCCUGAGUCACUACUUAAACAGAAUGAUGAGAGGUCCUCUGAAACCCCCAACAGCCUGGCUCCAGAGGAAGGUAACAGCAACUCAGAGACACACCUUGAAACAGAGGAACCUGCAACAUUGGAGGAAGAGAAUGAAGAUCCCCAAAAGCUGACAGAAGGUGAUGACCAACAAAUUCCAGGCAAGACAAAAUAUAAUUCUUCAGUCCCCCAGUCAGGCCUUGAAGAGAAGACACAGAGAGAUCAAGAUGCCAGUUGUGUGGAGAGGGGUGCAGUCCAUUCUAGUCCACUACACCACCUCCUGCCGGGGAUGAUACUGCAACAAACAGAUGUAACCCCAGAGGAGCACAAAAAUCAAGCUCAGACAAUCCAGGCAUCAGACUGAGAGCCUGGCAAUGACCAGUCAAGGGCAACCCUAAGCAGCAAGGUCUCAGAUUGUCCUGUCUUUCUCAACUGCAGCCAAGUAUCACAACAGUAUACCCAGGAAUUUCUGUCUGAUGAAGAUUCUGCUGAUACACAGCACAUAUCAACUCCCCAGGCCUUGGAAAAUAAAUAGGGUCACCCUCAGAGAGAGAAACCAGUACCACAAAGGGAGGUGAGCACCACAAAGCAAUGA